AUGACUGGAAACCACACUGCUCCCCCCACGACGAUCGUCGUUCCCACGAUUAGCUUCGCCACCCCUACAUCCGGUGCUCCCAACCAUGCCCCUUACCCUGUUCCUGCCGUUCCCACAUCGGAAGGUGGUUCGGCCCCAACUCCGGCUCCUGGUGGUUCUCCUGGCGGCGUUCCUGCUCCUGCCCCACCAUACGGCAGCACUGGCUUCAUGACCGUCUCUCCUACAGGUGGUGUUCCACACCCAACAUCUACCACCGAGCCCUACAUUGGUGCUGCUUCUAGCGUUGAGGCCUUCCUGUCUCAAUGGGUCAUGAUGGGCAUUACUGCUAUGGUCGGUCUGAUCCAGUUCGCUCUCUAG